AUGAAAAUAAAUAAAACUCACGCCAAUCAAAGGGCAUCACGUUUCAUUGCUCAAAGAUCUGCCUCAAUCGCUCGCUUGGGUCAGCAGCCAAUCAGAGCGGCAGUUGGUGCACGCCAAUACUCUCAAAAGCCAUCAGCUCCUGCACCUGCUGAAAAGGCCUCUUCAAUCAUCGACAGCCUCCCAGGUAACUCACUCGUCUCAAAGACUGGCUCAGUUGUUCUCGGUUCAGGUCUUACAGCUGCAGCUAUCUCAUCGGAGUUAUACGUCGUUAACGAGGAAUCCUUGUUAGCCAUUGGUUCCCUCAUCUUGUUCGCGUACAUUGCAAAGAUUGCACGUGAACCUUACAACAGCUGGGCUAGCACUCAAAUUGAAAAGAUGAAAUCAGUUCUCAACACUUCCCGUAAAGCUCACACUGACGCUGUUCAAUCACGUAUCGAUAACGUUGGUGAAUUGAAGGAUGUCGUUAACCUUACAAAGUCUUUAUUCGCUUUGUCAAAGGAUACGGCUAACACCGAGUCAAAGGUGUUUGAACUCACCCAACAGAACGCUGUAAACACGGAAGUCAAGUCAGUCCUUGACUCGUGGGUUCGCUUCGAAUCUCAACAGAGAGAAAAGGAACAAGCUUUACUUAGCGAGACCGUUAUCAACAACGUCAACAAGCAAAUCUCUGACGAGAAGUUCCAAAAGGAUACCGUCGCUCAGGCUGUUGCUGACAUUGAGCAACUCGUUAAGGAGAAGAAAAUUUAA